GGAUGUGGGUGCAUCUUACGGCCAACUUUUGACAGUGAAUGGCUCAAAAAGACAAAUGAACGUGUCUACAAUAAUUAUUCUCAUUUUGUUUUCAAUCGACCUGAGAUCACUUAUCCAGAUUGUAAUGCAAUUUCUGCUUUGUGUCCUCCGCAAUCAAAAGUAGUAGCAUAUAGUCAUAAGACAAAAGAAUUGGUAACAGAUACACCACCUCUCGAGAAAAAUCCCUUUAUACUUUCCGAACUUUUCUGCAUCGAUGGAGAGUGGUUCAAAAGAGGUGUUGGUUCCGAAGAUUCGAUGCUUACAGGAUCCCCAAUUUCAUGUGCAACUACUAAAUAAUUAUCUGAUACACUUCGCAUUAUUCAAUAAUGAAAUUGAUAACAGUAA